UUUCUUUUUUUUUUCGAUUAACUCCAAAGCUUUUUUAGAAGGAUGCCUAAUAUCACGAUGAACGUUCGACCUUCUACAGGUCAAAUCUUUAAAGUCGAGGUGGAUACAGAUUCCACCACGGUUCAAGGACUGAAAGAAAUUAUUGGAGAAAAGAUGGGCAAUAUAGACGCUGCUAAUUUAAAAUUGGUGUUUUCCGGUCGAAUUUUGAAAAAUGAAGAUCUUUGCAGUGAAUGCAAAUUAACCGCUGGAUGUACUGUUCAUGUGGUUCGUUCAGGUGGAAACAAAACACCCGUUCAAACUACACCUACUUCACCCAACACGAAUAACAGCAACUCAACCACCACCACCACCACCACACCUGCUUAUACUGCUGCUACCGCCAUGCAGGAACCCAUUCCUCCCAUUCCUCCUACCCCUAGUCCUUCCACAUUGACAGGUCUUGGAACUUCACCAUUUGGAGACAUGGGAAUGCCAAACAUGGACCCCGAAGCCAUGCGACAGAUGAUGGAUUCCCCUUUUAUGCAAAAUAUUAUGGGCAAUACAGAUUUUGUGCGUUCCAUUAUCAUGAGUAAUCCUCAAAUGAAGGCAUUAGUCGAACAAAAUCCUGAAUUGGGUCAUGUUAUCAGUGAUCCUGCCUUCUUGAGACAAUCGAUGGAAAUGAUGAGAAACCCUCAAUUGAUGAGAGAAAUGCAACGAAAUAAUGAUCGUGCUUUAUCAAAUAUUGAAGCAAUUCCCGGUGGAUUUAACCAUUUACGAAGAAUGUACAACACUUUUCAAGGUCCAAUGGAAUCCGCCAUGGGAUCAGACAGUACAAGUUCUUCUGAUGAGGCCAAUGAACGUUUGGCAAGACAAUUAAAUGUAGAAAGUGUGCCUGAACAUUCAUUAAACACACAAGCUUUACCUAACCCAUGGGCCGCUUCUUCUUCUGGAAGCAAUACAGGCACGCCUUCUUCACCUCCCCCCGCUUCAGCAGCAGCAGCUACUACUACGAAUCCUUUUGCAGCUUUAACAGGUGCUGGUAACAAUGGAUCUGAAAACCCUCUUGCCGCUUUACUUGGUGGUGGUGGUGGAUCCAUGUUUCCUUUUGGCCAACCACAACAACCCGCACAACCCACACAACAACAAGGUGGUGGUAACGGAACACCCUUCUGGGCAGACCCUAAUUUUAUUCAAGCAAGCAUGCGAAUGCAACAAAUGAUGUCGGGAGCCAAUAAUACAAAUACAGCACAACCAGAUCAACAACAACAACAACAAAAUAUGUUUCAACAAAUGAUGAUGGGACUUUCUUCAAAUAGUAACGGAGGAGGAUUUGGUGGAUUCCCUGAUUUCGGAUCACAACAACAGAACGUGACACCAUCAGAACCACCUGAGGUGCGCUUUAGAGAUCAAUUAGCACAAUUAGAGGAAAUGGGUUUUUCAGAAAAACCUGCUAAUGUGCGUGCAUUGUUAGCUACAGGAGGCAAUGUGCAAGCUGCCAUUGAAUACUUGCUUACCUUAUAAUAAUAAAAAUAAAAUAAAAAUAAAAAUAAUAAUAAUAAUGUGUGUGAAACGGAGGUUUUUUUUUAAUUAAGUGGAUU